CUAUUAAUAGAAUUAUUAAUUAAGAUAUAACUCUUUACAUUCAUUAUGACAGUCAUAAAUCCAUCUCAAAUGAGAUAAAAUAUAUUUGUUUAUACAGUCGUGUAUUAGUGUUAUAGUUGUCACAUAAAAUACUACAUCGUGUACAGCAUUAGCAUUAUGAACAGCUUAUAUGUCACCAGUUUGCCUCAUCAGAAUUCUUAAAAAUGGAGCAGAAUACAAGUACAGGAUUACAAAUUGCACCUAGUGGCACUUUGGCAUUUUUAAAACGUCAAAAGACACUUGGAUUUAUAAUUUUCCUAAAUGCUUGUUUUAUGAUAGCAUACAUUAUAAAUUACCAAUAUUUGACUGAAGGCAGUAUAAAAUCUAGAGAUCUGGUUGAUAACAACUCUGGAAGUCCACAAAUCAUUCUUCCAGCAUUUUGCCGGGGAAUUCAGACGUCAAACAAGUACUCCAUGACUAGCACGGCUUUCUCGAGAGCUUCAUCAGAAGUUGUACAAGGAACUAGCAACAUAGUUGUAAAUAUUGAAACAUUCAAUAAAAAGAACGUUAAAAAGUCAAGAGGCGGGGACAUCAUUUUUGUAUGGGCUAAUCAGCCCAGUGGUGAUGGACGAGUUCCUGGAAAAGUGAUAGAUCAUGGAAAUGGUUCCUACACCGGUAUGAUACGAGUUUUCUGGAAAGGAAGAACAAAAAUAUAUGUUAGGUUGGUCUCUACAGCUGAGAACACAUGUCUAAGAUAUAAAGCUCUUAAGAAAUAUGGAAACAUUGUUUAUACUCUUAGACAGCCCUAUGGGUUACGAGCUAUUUUCGUUGACAAAAAUGUGACGGAAUUGACACCGUGUAAUACGAACAAUUUUAUAUACGGUAGUUCUCAAUUAUGCAAUUUUACGACAUUGAAUGGCGGGAUGUCUUGGUUUUGUGGACAUCCAACUCGUCACACGUUUCGUUGUACAGAUCUUAAUUUCUUCUCCCUAGGACCUUUUAACAGUAGUGCAGAGAGUCCAAAAGAUAAAAUUCAAGAUCCGGGACACGGAAUGUUUAAGGAACCAAUGACAGUGAAUGUCCGCUCCAAGUCACCCAGGAAUACGACUGAAUCUUGUCGUGAACAAACUCCGUCGAUGUCUUGGACAGAGCCUUCUCCUACCGGAUAUUAUCUGAAGAGACACUGGGAACCAGCAAAUUGCCAUACAGCUCUUAUGCAUACAGUGAAAAGUUAUCGAUCAUGUCUUAGAAAUAAAACUUUAAUUAUGCUAGGUGACUCAACUGUAAGGCAAUACGUUAAUUUCUUUUUAAAAGACAUUCUAGACUUCGAUAGCACUAUAGGCAAAGGAUUAACAUUUGGACCUAAUUUUGAAACUUACCAUGGUCGCAAUACAUUUACAAAUCACGGUAUUACUAUUAUUUACAGAAAACAGGCGAUGCCGUUGCACUUUUCAGGUGAUAAAAUUCCUAUUAACAAUAUUUUGUCAUUUCCACAGAUACUUGAUUCAAUAACAGCAGACAAUAUAUCUGACAGUUCAAUAAUUGUGCUUUUAAACUAUCAUACCCAUUUCACAGCGUUCCCACCUGAAAAGUAUCGCGAACGAGUGCGGCAUUUAGUUGAAUCAUUAAAACGUUUCUUUAUAACAAAACCGUCCGCAAAAGUGUUUUUCAAAGGUCCAUCUGCAUGCAUUGCGAAUGCAAAAUGGUGGGAUCCUCAAAUUUCCCUCCUUUAUAAGAAGAUUUUGAAAGAGGAAUUUGUUGAUGUAAUGGAUAAGGUAACUUAUUUGAAUAUAUGGGAGAUAGGAGUAGCACAUAAUGUCCAAGACGUUCAUCCACAUGGUGACGCCUUAAAAAGCCAAAUACAUCAGUUUAUGUCUUUUAUUUGCUAAUAUUUAUAAUUUGUUUUUAUUUGUACAACAAUAAAAGUGUCAAUUUUUCC